AUGUGGACAAAAGAUAAGUUGAAGGAAACACAAUAUUUUGAGAUUGAAGCUGGUGGAUUUGGGGUUGGAAAUCUAAUUAAACAAAAUUCAAAUUUAGAAGAAAAAUAUUCUAAUGUGUUUUUUUCCCAUGAGUAUGAAGAAAAGUAUGGAACAAGUUUCAACAAUGUCUCAACUGAAAAGGAUAAUAUUGAAGAUAUUAUUUUUCAUUGUCUAUCGAAAUUCCCUGAAGACAAUAGAACGAAGGAUGUGAUAAGGAAGUUUAGAGACAUAUCUAGUCAAGAAAAAUCAGAAGUUAUGAAGGAGAGAGCUGAAGUCAAAACAGAUAUAGUUGAAGAGCUUAAUAAAACAAACAAUUUUGAUUUUGAUGAUGAUAAACAUGAAGGAAUGAAUACAAAAUCCAUGGCUGUUGGUGAUUUUACUCUCAUACGUGAUCUUGAUGUCUUAAAGGACAUGUUCACUAUGAAGCUUCAUAUUAUAAGAUUAUGGACACUGGAAGAUUACUAUUACAAAGACAAAUUUUUCUCCAUUCAACUUAUUCUAAUGGACGAACAGGGUAACAAUAUUCAAGGUUAUGUCCCCAAUGCUUAUAUUUACAAGUUUAGAAAACUUCUAAAAGAAGGGGAAGCGUAUUUCAUCAAAAAUCGAAAUUUGGCAAAGAUGGAUGAAGGAAAAUUUCAACUAACUGGUCAAAUGCGAAAGCUCACAUUCAAUCGCGAGACUACUUUCAUUUCAUGUCUCGAUUUUUCGGGACCAGUUAAUGGGUUUGCUUUUAUUGACUAUCAUCCCAUUAUCGUUGGCACUGUUCCACAAAAUAUUUCAUUGGAUGUUAUCGGUUUGGUGGUUGCAAUUGGUGAAAUUGAUGCUCGAAAUGAAGAUAGAAAGAUGCAUAAGAUGAGACUACAAAUCCAAGAGGUUAAAUUACAUCCAAAAAAAUCCAAACAUUCUAUGGAUCGUCAUACUCCUUCAAUUUGCAAAGUCUAUCAACUAACCAAGAAUAUGAGGCUAACCGUCGGAAGUGAUACAUCUGUUAUUCAAAAGACAAUGGAUUUUGCAAAAUGGCUUUUGGAUAUAGGAGAAGGGAAACUUGGUGGUUCUAACGAUGGCAAAAUGAUUAUUGAUAUUCCAAAUGAUCUUUUAAUUAACGAUCCUUAUGAUCCUAUAGGUUCAUUACUCGAGUUUGUAUAUCCUUUAAUUCUUGAAGCUUCUAGCAUUCUAGAAUAUUUUCAAGAAAGAGCAAUACUUGCUCCAAAAAAUGAAGUUGUUGGAAAAAUAAAUGAUCGUUUGCUAGCAUUAUUUUCAGGAGAUGAAGUUGAAUAUCUAAGUUUAGAUAAACUAUGUGAAUCUGAGUUUGUCCAUGAUCACUUUGAUGCUAAUUUAUACUCACCUGAUGUUUUAAAUGGUCUUAAAGUAUCAGGACUGCCUAAUCAUAAGUUAGUUUUGAAAAUCGGGGUUCCAGUUAUGUUACUGAGAAACAUUGAUAAAAAAAAAUGGCUUAUGUAA